AUGACGACCUACCUGAUAACCGGCGCAACCCGGGGCAUCGGCCUCGAACUCACGCGCCAACUGGCCGUCAAGCCGGCCAGUGAAGUCUGGCAUAUCUUCGCCGCCGCGCGAUCAUUAUCAUCACCGUCACCAUCAUCGACAACAACCAGCCAAACGCCAUCCGACUUUCAAGCCCUCGUGAAUGAGCAUUCCUCGCGCAUCACGCCCGUCCCCCUCGACAUCACCGACGAAGCCGGCGUACGACGAGCCGCGCAGUUGGUCGAGCAGGCGCUGGAGGGCCGGGGGUUGGAUGUCUUGAUCAACAAUGCGGGGGUGAUGGGGCGGGGGUCGUUGCUGGAGAUGAACGACCUCACCUCCUCCUUCGACGUCAACGUCAACGGCCCGCAUCUCGUCACGCGCGAGUUCCUCCCGCUGUUGCGGAGGGGCACCACAAAGAAGAUUGUGAAUAUCUCCACAACCGUCGGCUCCUUCGCGAUGCAAUCCGUCUACCGGGAGGCCAUGAGUCAGUCGUACAAGAUCACCAAGGCGGCGCUGAACAUGCUUACCGUGCUGUACGCGCAGGAACUCGAGCAGGAGGGGUUCGCGGUGUUUUGCGUUAGUCCGGGGUGGCUCCAAACCGAGAUGGGCGGUCCGCGGGCGGAUCUCCCGGUGGCGGACGGCGUGCGCGCAACGCUGGAGAUCAUCCUCAACAAGGGGAAGGAGGGGAACGGGCGGUUUUUCAACAUCCACAUUCCGGGCUGGGAUUCGGGGUGGAAUCGGUAUGAUGGCGGGGAGUGUGCGUGGUAG